UGAACCCACAACAACAGGACGCCAAACCUUCCGAUCGCUCAUAGCACUCUGGAUCUCAUCGAUGUGAUAAUAUAAUAUGAAAUAUAAUACCUACACACGAAGAAACUGAACCCUGAAAGCUAACAACAGAGCAGAUGAGAAUGUUAUCACUUCAGCUAAAUGUGACGGGUACCACAAUGCGUAUCAACAGUGUUGACACUACCACAGAACAUUCUGUGACACUACUCAGGAACAUUCUAGCUGGUCAUCAAUUUUUUACAUAAAAACCUUGUGUGGACAGGCAGACUUUAGUCAAUUACUUUGGAAUGGCACAGUUUUGCACACUUUGGUUUCUGCUCGGAGCCCUUUUCCUUCCUGCUUCUUCAUACAGAACUGUUCAAAUCUGUGAGGGUCGUUCCGGGUCUCUAAACUGCAAUGCUGACGAGAAAAUGCAAAUAGUUUAUGCAAGUUAUGGACGACACACAAGGCAUGUAUGUGGGAGUCAUAUUACUGCAAACACGAACUGCCACGCUGGAAAUUCUCUAGCAGUGGUAAGACGACAUUGUGAAAGUAAGCGGUCGUGUCAUCUGUCUGCCGUUAAUUCUUGGUUUGGAGAUCCCUGUGUUAGUAUCUAUAAAUACCUGGAAGUAAGAUACAAUUGCCUUGCUAUAGAUCCGUGUUUGACAAACUAUCUGCGUGAAGACAACUGGCAAAGAAGCCUGAAAUACAAUGCAUCGAUCAAUACGCCCAAACACUGUGACAAUGCUGUUGCGAAUAAAUGGUUCAGGUUUGUCAGCAAGGCAGGCAUUACAAUUCCCACCGCUUGUCCAAAGCCGUAUGCUUGCGGCACGGCAGGCUCUGUUUGGCUAAAAGGAACUUACCCGAAUCAAGUUGGACAGCAAAUAGGUGUUCCUGUUUGUGCAAGAACACCAACAGAAUGUUGCAAACAAAGCUGGAAUAUUGUGAUAAAGAAAUGCCAUGUUGGUGGAGAAACCUUCUUUCUGCACAGGCUUCCAUCCGUUCCUCGUUGCCCCAUGAGCUAUUGUGCAGGGACAGAGGUUCCUUGUCCACCUGGGUACAAUUCUAAGACUGGAUAUACACCGGAUUGCGUGAAGCUGUUUCCUCCUGUUACAAAUGUACGCUUAUAUCAUGGAAUCGAGGAAAAGCGGCUCAAGUUUGUAUGUGAGUUCUCAAAUGACGAAGUAAAUGACACGGACAUAUUUGAAGUGACUUGGUGGCAAGGAGCACCAGCAGUCCAAAUUAACAAAGUCGAUAUUCUACGUGGCGCGGAAAGGAAGGCCAUACUGCGAAACAUGAAUCGUUACCCAGAGCCGCCAUUAUUCUACCUCGGAACCACGAUAUCUUGUAGAGUUCGGUCUUGGUUUGAGCAUAAGAAUAACACAAAAAGCAGAUAUGUUGAGAGCAACCACUUUUUUGCAGGAAUAAAGGUUUAUCCAGAGCAACUGAAAUUUCGACUGUCAGAAGCAGGAUCACCCCUAAAGUUAAUGGUAAAGAGCACAGUUCCGAUUAUCUGCGAAAAAUUUCACGGCUGUUUCGUACUGGUCGAAAUAGGACAGACUGGUUCAGACUCUUUGGUAGACGUGUGCUCUUUGAAGUUUGAUCCAGGCAAGGCAAACCAAACGAAAGAAAUACAAGUUGUUGCAUUGAGAGACUUUGUUAACGAUGGUGACCAUACAAUGUAUGUGAAAUUUCAUAUUUUUGACCACAUUGAUCCUGUCGACUGGAACCUUCACAAAAGAAUUCCAGAUAUCCAGAUUAUGUCGGUAGACGUCGGUACAGAACGAUGUACAACUACUGGAGAUCCACACCUCACCACAUUUGACAAAUUUUAUUAUCAUCAUUAUCAAGUUGGAGACUAUGUUCUUGUCAAUAGCACAUGUAGAAAGUUUGAGGUGCAUGUUCGAACAUGGAAGUGCGCCAGCGUGUCAUGCAAUUGCGGUGUUGCGGCAAGAGAGGGAGAUGACGUAAUCGUUGUGGAUAUGUGUCGUGAUAAGAUUCCAAGAGCCAGGUUUGCUAGCACAGUUGAGCCACAUCCAGAUACGAAACUACAAAGAAAUCGCAAUGGAAAAAGUUUUGAGAUUUCCUUCCCAUCUGGAGCAUUUAUUCGUGUUGAUAUGCACCGUUGGAUCGGCAAUCUUUGGUAUGCGAACAUUCAAGUGCAAGUUGUAAGUGAUGACUUUAAAUGUACACAAGGUCUGUGCGGUACAUUCGAUCGUAAUAAAGAUAAUGAAUUGACUGCCAGCGAUGGACAAGUGGUUUCUGGAAGACAUGGCUCUAUUGCACCUACGCAGUUCACAGAAAGUUGGAAAAUCCCAACUGGAGAGAGUCUGUUUUACUACCGUGGUGGACCACGAAAAUGCCAUGGAAAGCGCGUCAAGCAUUACUGCAGCUGCCAAGAAGACUGCUGUGGCAAAAGAAAAGUGAAUUGUGAUUUCACUAAUUUUCAAAAAAGGCCAAAAUACAAAAAGGGAAAGCAGUUCUGGAAAGACCUCAAUUUUCCUGGAGGGAGACACUGCGGAAGAAGGAAGAGGAGAUCAACAGCCGAUGCGAUUAUUCUUCCUGACGAUGAAGAAAGUCUUUGGGACUAUGUGUAUGCACCGGAGCCCCUUAAGGCUGUUGUAUCAAACUGGCCAACUCCACUUGGGAAAACAUUAGCACAGACAAGAGCUUACUGUGACCAACAACUUAGAAAUUCGGAAAUUGCCAAGAUUUGCAGCAAGCUACUCGAUGUAUUUGAUGUCACUGAUUUUGUUACAGAAUGUAUUUCUGACGUUCAGAUAAGUGACAACUUUACAUUUGUCUAUUCUGCCUUGGAGAAAAUGAAGAAUUUUUGCGAAGAAAUAUCUUUGAAAGACUUGACUAUUUGGAAGAAAGAUCCGUCAAAAAAUGGCACUCUAGAGCCACCCACUGUGAUAGAAAAUGUACUGUGCCCGAAUCAAUGCAGCGGCAAUGGCAUAUGUGUCAAUGCCACUUGUAAAUGCAACAAUGGUUUUGUCACUGCAGACUGUUCCAUAAGAAGAGGCGAGGAACCUGUUGUCCUUACGAACUGGCCUCAGCGUUUAGACGGAUUGUGUGACAUGCGGAAAAGAGAUUGCACCUCCACCCGAGUGUCUGGAUACAACUUCAUAGAUUCGGAGGGUCUCAAAUGUAGAAUACACCAUGCAGAGCCAAAAGACGGAGGCUACGUCAAAUUAGAUAAAACAGACGUAAACCAAGCCUUUCUAUUAAGUUUUGGUGAGAUUAUGUGUGAGUUGGACAAGCUGCCAACAAAUGUCGAAAGGUAUGGGACGGGCGAAAAAGGCAUUCCUGUUGCAGCCAUGUACAUCACUGUCGCCAAUGACGCAAAAAAUUACAGCAAAGGCCAGUCAUUACAUGCAAUCUAUGAUUCAAAAUGCAUGAAUUGUAGCUUGAAUGAAACGUGCUACAAAAGAGAAAGUACGUGUCUGAUUAACGGAUUCUGUUUCAACAAAGAAGAGGCUAACCCCUUGGACUACUGUGCCUUGUGUGACCCACUUGAAAAUGAGUAUCAGUUUUCUACACGAAAAGCACAUUCUGCUCCAGUUAUUGUUACUGAGACAAGGUCGAGGAGAGCAGUCGUAGGACAGGAAUUCAGUUUGCAAAUGGAGGCGUACGAUCCCUACAAUCAGACAAUUACGUUUAAACUUAAAGAAGACUACAAAGAUGUCAGUAUAACAUAUGAUGGAUUACUCAAAUGGAAACCAAAACAUUCUGGAAUUGGCAGUUUCACUGUUGUAGCAGUAGGCAGGUGCGGUAAUGAGGCGAGCCUCAAGCUGUUGAUAAAUGCAACGCUGUGUACUUGUAAUGAACAGGCAGUAUGUAUAUUGAUGCAAAAUGGUACGGACGAUAGAGUUAUUUGCAAAUGCAUUGAUGGAUGCACAGGCCCAUUGUGCUCUGAGCCUCUACCUGGCAAAGAAUGCAGCAGUGCCAAAAAGCCUAGAAAACUUGCUGCAGACGAAUCAAAUACAGCCAUAAUCGUCAUUCCAGCAACAAUUGCUGCUGUUCUCCUUCUAGCAAUAGUUCUUUUUGUCUAUUACUUUCGGAAGAGACAGCAAAACCGUAAACAAGAAGAAGAAGAUUGUGGUAACAAUGUUGCAUAUAGCAAGAAGAAUGGAAUCGCAAAGGUUUUUGAAAAUGACAUAUAUGCAAGCACAGCCACGCUGACUUGAAACAAAUCAUCAACUAAAAAUGCUCUCAAAAAGAAUACUACAUGAAUCUUUUAUUGAUUAUUAUCAUUUAUGAAGAAACAGAUGUUCCUGCCAUUCAGCCUGUGACAUUUUACGUACAGUAAGACCAAGCUAAAGCUAAACCAUGCUGGGCAUGUUUAUUUCACUUUUCAUAGAUAUGAGCUUACGUUCAGAUAUUUUAAAAAUUCAGAGUGAAUGACAAAAUCUUGCAAUAUUGAAUAUAUAUAUAAUAAGCAUCAAAAUUUUCAGGAAUAGAAAUCUUUGCCAUUUCCAGGGAUCAAAUAAGCUUUUCAAAAUAAAUGGUUACGACUAUAAAUGGUCAGCAUUUUUUCGGUUCGCUUUGCGCUGAAAAAUUGUCGCGCGUAAAUCAGGCUUUACAGAUACUUUUGAUCGUCAUUAGCCUCAGUUAUAUUUAUGCUCUCUCAAAAUUGUGAAAUUUGCGGUAUAGAAAUUCUUCUGCUAAAUUUUGAAAGAAAUCAUAAAGAUUAUGUAUUAUUCAAUUUUUACUAUGAAAAAUGACAAUGCGCAUACAAAAGUAAAAUUUCUGAAUUGAUCAUACGAGCAAACGAGCCAAAAUCAAAUAUAAUUUGAAAGUUGCUGAAAAAAAGCUUCUUAGAAAUCUGGCUACAGCACCACGAUUUUUGCACAAAUUUCUUUUCAGUUCUUCAUAAAAAGACAUUGUAAUUCUUGUCACGGAAAAGUAGAAGACAUUCUACAAAUUCAUUGUAAUUUCCAUGUUAGUAUGCUAACAUAUAAAAAUGUUUGUAUAUUUGACAAGAGUUAGUAUUCCAA